AUGAGCACACCAUCACUAUAAGAUUUAGUAAAUGCAAUACAUUACACCUACGAUACAGUAGGUUAAACUACAGCACCUUUAAAUUGUAACAGCUAUGAUUGCAAGGCUUUUGAAGCAUUUAGAUAAAUAUGUGGUGCCAAUUAAUAUACUACUAGUCGUCUCUAUAGUUACAACGAGGCACUAAAACUUCUACAAAAAUUCAACUCAACAUUUUUACCACCAAAUUAUUUUGAUGGUAACGAUAUAAGAUAAUUCUUAAAUAAAGCUUAAUAUUCGCAAAAUGAUUCAAUUCCAUAUGAUGAUUUAUGCUGUAUUGUUAAGAGAAUCCUAGUUAGUUUAUCUUAAAAAAUCAUGUAAAAGCAAUCUAAUUCAAACCCUGUACUAAGAGAUAAUGUAAAUGAAGCUAGCGAUGUAAUGAAUGAUGUUACAUGUCAUGGGUAUGACUUAAAUACUGAUUACUUUGCUGAAUAGGACUUAUGA